AUGGCCGACGAACAACCAGCCGAAGAAUCUAUCCUCGCCCUCUCCGACUCUUCAAUGACUGCUCUCAUAACAUCUGCCCACUUCGUUUCUAUGACCGAGCCCACCGAAUCUCAAACUCCAACUUCCCUUGCGUCGGCCCUGCCCUCCAUCACCCACGUCGUCACCUCCGUUCGACCAGCGCAAAGUAUACAGAAUAUCAUCGCCAUCGACGAGUCAAUGAUACCCCCUCAGUGGCGGCCCAGGCCACUGCAUUCAACAGGUACAGCAUGGUAUUAUGGUGUAGAAGUGAUGGGCGGAAUGUUGGUCGGCGGAAUUCUGGUGGUGUUCAUAAUCACAUGGUGCCAAUGUUGGUGGGUAGGAAACUGUUUCUGGAAUUUUGAUAGGAGGGGCAUGAAGAAGAGGAAAGCUUCGUGGGAGAGGUAUUAA